AUGGGUCUGGAAAUGGUCAAGCACAUUGUGCUGGUUCUUUCCGGCAAAGGCGGCGUCGGCAAAUCGUCAGUCACAACUCAGCUAGCCCUAUCGCUAUCUCUGGCAGGCCACUCGGUCGGCAUCCUCGACGUCGACCUCACGGGGCCCUCGAUACCGCGCAUGCUGUCCAUCGAGACGUCCAAAGUCACACAAGUCCCCGGGGGCUGGGCGCCGGUGCUGGUUCACGAAGCAGACGAAGAAACGGGGAUCGGCAGCCUGAACGCCAUGAGCCUGGGGUUCCUGCUACCCAAUCGGGGCGACGCCGUGGUGUGGCGUGGACCCAAGAAGACGGCCAUGAUCCGACAGUUCAUCAAGGACGCCUUCUGGGGCCCCACAGACUAUCUCUUGAUCGACACGCCGCCGGGGACGAGUGACGAGCACAUUUCACUGGUGGAGGCGUUGCAGAGGGACGCCCUAGGCAGCCAGGUUGCCGGAGCGGUGGUGGUGACGACUCCUCAGGCUGUGGCGACGGCAGAUGUGCGCAAGGAGCUCAACUUUUGCGCAAAGACGGGCGUGAGAGUGCUCGGUGUCGUAGAGAAUAUGAGCGGCUACGUGUGCCCACACUGCUCCGAGUGUACCGACAUCUUUGGAUCUGGGGGCGGCAGGUCCAUGGCGACUGAGUUUAACGUGCCGUUCUUGGGAUCGGCGCCCAUGGACGCCCAGUUCAUCGCCCUCAUCGAGGAGGGUAGACGUCCCCGCUACCCUGUAGGAACACAGGUUGGAGGCAGAGACAUCUCGGCGGCAGCAGAUGACGGCGAGAAGGGUGGCAAAGAUGAUGGCUUGCUGGUGGACAAGUACAAGGACUGUUUACUAAGUCACAUUUUUAAGGAUGUCGCCGAAAAGGUGUUGAAAUAUGUGGAUGAGGCAGUUGGGAAUUAA